AUGGCGGGCGAGACGGGGACCAUCUCGGUCUCGCAGGUCCAGGCGAUGGUGAUGAUCGCCUUCGCCGCGACAGCGUACUACAACACCAUCGAAACAUUCUUCUCCAUCUUCACGACCUUCAAGCGGCGACGGGGACGGUACUUUUGGAGCAUGAUCGUCAGUAACACGGGGAUCAACAUCAACGUCAUCGCCUUCGUCCUGCGAUACUUUGGAUACUACCACGGAGCCAUCGUGGCGUCGAGCUUCAUCAUCCCGAUCGCAUGGUACUCUAUGGUAACGGGGCAGGCCAUCGUCCUCUGGUCCCGACUUCACCUGGUGGUUCACAGCCAGCGCAAGAUCCGCAUGAUUCUCGUCAUGAUUAUAUUCAACGCGGUCACGAUGCAUGUCCCUGAGACGGUCAUUUUCUUCCUGGCGAAUUUCGAACACCCAGCGAAAUGGUCAAUGCCCUUCAAGAUCUACGAGAAGGUGGAGUUGGUCGUCUUCACGAUACAGGAGACCAUCAUCGCCGGCUUUUUUCUCUACGAAGGCUACUACAGCCUAAAACCUCUGAGCGCGAUCAAACCAAAGGCGGUCGCAAACAUGGUGCGCCAUCUUGCGGGUCUCUUCGCCGCCGUAUUCCUCCUCGACAUAGGCCUGAUCGUACUCGAGUACAACGACAAGUUUGAGAUCCAGACGAUGUGUAAGCCAUUCGUGUACAGCGUCAAGCUCAAAGUCGAGUUCGUCGUGCUCAACAAGCUAUUAUCAUUCACCAGAAUGAGCACCUGCAACUGCCGAGGGCCGGAAAGCCUUCCUUCGGUGACAUUACCCGAUAGCCACAAGCGCACCAUGGUCGGCCAGGGCGCCGUUUUGGUGGCGCUGCCAGAUAUCGAGCAGACAGGAGGGUCUUUAUCACCGUUGAGACGUACAUUCACCGACCACAUCUACGAUGGGCGCCAGGCCGCCGGUACUCCUGUACGAAGAAACUCGAAAAAGAGUCAGCUGUCAAUAAGGCAGAGAGAGGUGACCGAUGACGAGGCGCCUCUGAACGAAAAGAGCACGACGAGCAAUGGAUGA